CAGAAAGAGUCAGCAGAAAGGAGAGGGGUUGCGACGAGCCAACCAACAAAAAGUGGUGCAUGCAGAGUGGGGACGCACAGAAACUCUCGCAAGCGGAUCUAUUGGGACGUAAUGUAGUCGGACUCGUGUGCACACACACAUACCAGCACUUGUGCUCACACGCUCGGGCCCAGCUCACGCUCUCCUGGGGGGCUCGAUUCACUUCUGCUGCCGCUGCGGGGAAGGAAGCAACGAUGCGACGGCGGGCGGCCACCCUGUCUCCGUGGCUGCUGCUGCUGCUGCUGCUGCUGAGGCCCGUGCUGGGCGCCAAAGUCGAGUGGUUCACGGCCUUCAUCAGCACGGCUUACCUGGACCCUGACACCAACGUGACCGUAUCGGUCAGCAGUGAGAGCGGCAGGUAUGGUGACAGUUCUCCCAAGGAUAGUGUUCAAGGAGUGAUUGGGAUUCCCAGGAACAAUAGAGACCAGCUGGGAUGUGACCCCGACACAGAAUAUUUUAUCCCAAGAACAGGGGAACCCUGGAUAGCUCUGGUGGCCAGAGGAAACUGUACAUUCAAGGAAAAGAUUUUAAAUGCUGCAAAAAAAAUGGCAUCUGCUGUUGUGAUUUAUAAUUUUCUUGGGACUGGGAAUACAACCGUCACCAUGAACCACAUUGGAACUAGAAAUAUUGUUGCUAUCAUGAUCGGCAAUUCAAAAGGUUUGGAAAUACUGGAAUUAGUCCGUCGAGGUAUCCCAGUGAUAAUGUCCAUCUCUGUUGGUUCGCGCCAUGUAGAGGAGUGGAUGAAUUCUCAGUCAGUUGUGUUUGUUAUUAUUGCUUUCAUAACAAUGAUGAUCAUCUCCUUAGCCUGGCUCAUCUUCUACUACAUUCAGAGAUUUCUGUACGCAGGAUCAUCCUUUUCAAGCCAGAACAAGAAGAAUAAGAAUAGCAGGAAAGAGGCCAGGAAGGCUAUUAAUAAACUUCAGCUUCAUACUGUCAGACAUGGAGAUAGGGAAAUUGAUUUGGAUGUUGAAGGCUGUGCUGUGUGCAUUGAAGUGUACAGAUCUCGAGAUGUUGUACGAAUUCUCCCGUGCAAGCAUGUAUUCCAUCGAAUGUGCAUUGACCCGUGGCUUCUUGAGCAUCGUACCUGCCCAAUGUGCAAACUCGAUGUCAUUAAAGCACUGGGCUUUAUGAUGGAUACAUGUGAAAAUGUUGAAGUAGUUGUACCUGAGUCAAGACCUGACAACAUCCCAGUUAGCAAUCCAAAUGUUUCUUUACAAGAAGAAACAGGAGCUGAAACAAGCGCGUUCCCUGGCUCUCCAACUUUUGAAUCUUUACAGCAUGAUGAUAGAUUAAUGGAAGAGGAUGAAGCUGUAGCCUUAAUUGAAGGAAAUUUAGAGAAUCAAAUAAAUAGUGACAAUUCAUCUUGUCCUGUUGGAUGUCCGGAUUCCAGAUGAAUACUUCCAAAGGAAGUAAAUUGGACAAUGGCAAAGACCUGCAGCAUGAGAAGCCAUCGUGGUUCUUGAAAGAGAAAUGAAAAUAUUGUAUACAGUUUGGUGUGUACACAAAAUAUUAGGUCAUAUAUUUUAAUUAAUUGCUUUGCAGUUCUAACUGGUUAAAAUAACCUCAGCUGUAUAGAGAAAAAAUGGAUAAUUCUUAAGAGGUGGUGAAAUAUGUUGAUAUGGUAAUACAUGAGACUCCUGCUUAUACUCAGCAAGAUUCCUAUUCUUCCACAAUUUAGUAGAGAAGGUACUUGGAUAUUCCUUUGGCAAUUUUAUUGUUUGUGAUGCUGGAAUAUAGAACCUUAAAUCACUGGUUAUACAUGUGUCUAUUUUGUCCUUAUUUUCUCUACUUUGGUUGGAAAGGUACUGUUGUAAAUAUGCUUAUUAAUUAGCACAUGUUCAGUGAAUUUAUAUUGCCAAUUUGUCAGGUAUGAAUGUCUGGAGAGUCAUUUGUAAGCAGUUGUCAGAAUGUGAUUGUCAAUGAUCCUUACUGGAGUAGUAAUAUACAGUAUACAUAUUUCAGCACAUUAAUGUACUUCUUUGUCCUUCUACCUUUUGUAGUAUUUUGAUAGAUUCACUAAGUAGCCAUUCCAUUUUAAGGAUAUUGUGUGCUACUUUAAUUGUGACUGUAGCUAUGAGUUCUUUAUUAAAGUGCACUAAAAAGAUUGAAUAGUAAACCAAGUAUUUGUUUAAACAUUUAAUUAUCACAACCAUUACAAAAGACGUCAAAUAUAAUUGGAUUAAAAUGUUUUGGAGAUGCCCAACGUCGUGUUGAAUUACCUCUACUUUAGAACUUCUACAGAUCUAUUGGUAAAGUUUUCCAUAAAGCAAUUAUAAUAAAAUAAUUUACCUCGGUGUUAUGAAACAAUGAUGCAGCUUUAUCAACCUGUUUAAGUACAGAAUUUGAAGUUGGCGAUAACUUACUGUUAGACCCUUUACUUCUACUUUGUGUUAAUGUAACAGAGCAAUAAAAUUAUGUGCCUUAUGCCAACAAAUAAGUAUAAUCUGCAAAAUAUGAUUCUUAAAUUCUCCAUGAACUGUGGUUUUGCUUAGUAAUUUGCAAAACUGCAUUAUUAUUUUCAGCGAAAAAUGUCAAGUAAUUUCAAAUGAACUCUACCAAAAUUCCUUUUGCUAUUUUCUGCAAUAUUAAAAGCGUAUAAUGAUAUAGAACUGUGCACUAGAAAGCAGCAUAGUGAAGGAAGGGAAAGGGAUGUCCAAUUAAACUGCAUUUGCUUUCAUGUCAGGAUGAAGAACUCCAAGCGUGGAGUGGCUCUGAGGACUGUGAUGUUACAGCCAUAACAGAAACAUGGCUGGGAAAAAAAGUGCAGGACUGGUGGCUCAGUUUUCCAGAAUACAGAUGCAACAGGCAUGACAAAGGUGUAGGAGAGUGAGGAAGGGUGUUUUCUUUUUAAUAAGAAAGGACAUAACAGCAAUAAUUAGAGAUAACGUUCUUGGAGGAUAGUUUCGCGAGGCCAUAUAGGUGGAACUUAGAAACAAGAAGGGGAGGGUCAUUCUAAUGAGGUUGUAAUGUAGAUCCCGCCCCCUCAUAGUCAGUGGGAACUUGAGGAGCCGGUGUGUUUAUAGUUGUAAGAAUAAUUAGGUUGUGUCAGUGGGAGAUUUUAACUUCCCUGGACUACCCAGUGUUAAGGGCUUAGAUGGAGUGGCAUUUGUGAAAUAUGCACAGGAAAUUUUCCUGAUUUAAUAUAAAGUGGACAUGGAUGAAGGAAAAGUUGAGGUUUAUGUGGGAGGGAAAGUCUACAUUGACCUUGGAGUAGGUUAAAAGAUCAGCACAACAUUGUGGGCUGAAGGGCGGUACUGUUGUGUGUUCUAUCUUCUAAAACCUGACUUAGAAGGGUGCAAUACUGGACUUUCUCUUAGGGAACGAGAUAGGACAAGUUACAGAAGUGGCAGUCAGGGUGUACUUUGGCUCUAGUGACCAUAAUUCUAUUAGUUUUAGGAUACUUAUGGAAAAAAUAGGACAAGUCCACAGGAUUGUGUCCUAAACUGGAGCAGGGCUUAUUUUGACAGAAUUGAAAGUGAGCCAGUUUGAAGGGAAAGGAAUGAAUAACAGGUGGGAGUCUUUUAAGAAUGUGAUAUUAAGAGUCCUUGAAUAACAGGUGAAUUGAUUAUGGGGAGCAAGGACAUGGCAGACCAAUUGAAUAAUUACUUUGGUUCUGUCUUCACUAAGGAGGACAUAAAUAAUCUUCCAGAAAUAGUAAGGGACAGAGGGUCCAGUGAGAUGGAGGAACUGAGCGAAAUACAUGUUAGUAGGGAAGUGGUGUUAGGUAAAUUGAAGGGAUUGAAGGCAGAUAAAUCCCCAGGGCCAGAUGGUCUGCAUCCCAGAGUGCUUAAGGAAGUGGCCCAAGAAAUAGUGGAUGCAUUAGUGAUAAUUUUUCAAAACUCGUUAGAUUCUGGACUAGUUCCUGAGGAUUGGAGGGUGGCUAAUGUAACC